GUUGGGUGCGAUAUUAGACAACAGGAUCCUCAAUGUGGUUUGUUGAUUUGUUGUGAGAAAUGACUGAAACCACACAAGGAAGACAUAGUGCCAUUUCUUCCCUUGCUUCACUUGAAAAGCGUGGUCAACAACCAAAAAGUAGAAGUAGGACUAUGUCUUGUGAUGUACAAAUGAUAAACUCUUCUUCAAGAGAACCUGUGUCUUGUGCAGGAGAUUGGGACGGCUUACAGAGGAAAUGGAGUCUCAAAGAAGGACUUGUUUCUGGAAAUAGAGAUUAUGAACCAGUUACCCGUUAUCAAUAUAAUGAACAUAAGGAAGAGUUGUAUAAAACACCCCAGAUAGUGAGUAGUCACGUUCCUUUUGUGAAUAGUUUGGAAGAGUUGGCCAGCAAGGAAAGAAUUUCUCCCCAUACAACAACGCCACAUCUUGUCGGUGCACAAAGAAAGUGGGCCAAAGAAAGCUAUUCUUCUUUUCAAAGGCCCAAGUUUGGAAACUCUUGUGUUCAACCUCUUCUUCCGGGUUCGUUGAGAUUGGAGAAUUUUACCUGCCCAAUAUGUUUAUAUGUAUUUUAUGAACCAAUAACCCUAAGGUGUUCACACACGUUUUGUCGCUCUUGUAUAUCACAAGCUGUAUAUGGACCUUUGAAUAUGAAUAGCUGUCCGGUUUGUCGUUCAGAGCUAGGAUUGGAACCGUACGAGUUUGCCCUUAAUUCUCUCCUUACGUCGAUCAUCGAGGAUGCCUUUCCUCUUCACGCUGAAUUGUCCAAACGGAUGCAUGAGGAACGAGCUAGUGACUUGAGCUUGGAUGCUUCCGUUCAAAAGGCUCUUAGACGUCGUCCUUUUACUGGAAGAAGAGUCCGAAGAACAAUGAGAAAUUUUGGAAACUUGGCAGCCGUCUUUCUUCACCCAGAAGUUAUCAUUGCCUGUCUUUUGGUGCUGUCACUAUCUACUCUAUUAUUGGCUAUGAUUGCUUUUUUAAGAGGCUUCCAUGAUGUAAAGAAUACUGCAGUUCCUGGAACGAUAACUGCAGGAAUCGGUCCACAUAUUGCAAAUACGGCACAGAUAGCGUUUCCUUUUUUAUCAAAGAGAAGUGGUGGCACAGUUUCAAGUCGUAUGAUGCAAUCUCAGAAAUGGUGUUUUGUAUCUUGUUGGAUGGAACGAGUUUACAACUCUUCUUUUAUAUUAAUGUUGCGAAAAUUUUGGUAAUGAAUGCGUAGUGAAUAUAAGCAACUAUGAUGUU